CCCUCUGGGCAUUUCCGUCCUCGAAUAGCAUCGGCAGCACCACAACACUGUGCCCUCUUUCUCUCUUUCCUUCGCAGAAGCCAUGGCCUCAUUUGCACGUGGAGCCGCAUCUUUAACCCGCAUUGGUCUUUCCACUUCCAAGACUCCCCUUCAACUCAUCCACCGCCGUGGCCUCGCCGAUCACCAUGGCCCUCCCAAAGUUGCCUGCUGGAAAGAUCCAAUGAGCCCAUCUAAAUGGAAGGAGGAGCACUUUGUGAUUGUCUCUUUAACUGGUUGGGGACUACUCAUCUAUGGGGGAUACAAGUUGGCCACAGGAGGCAAGGGCAAGAAAGAAGAGGAAUUGGCAAAAGCAUAACACUGAGGUUUGGAGAAUAUUAAAAAUACAAAGUGUUCUUGGUAAUAAUGCUGCGAGCGCCCAGACUUUUCCAAGUUUUUCAGACUCGGUCUUGUUUGAUGGCAAACAAAUCUUUUGGCUAGUUAUUCAUUAAUAUUUGCAAACAGUGAAUAUUGGGAGGUUUUUUUUUUCAGAACAAUGUGUUACAUUUAAGUUUUAUUUGCCCGUUUUACGCAAAUUCCCGGAUUCUCUACAUUUGCAAGCAGUUACUUUUAUUGGCAUUAACUACGGAAGGAAGCAAUGUUAUGUUCCUGCUUACGAGUUAUGAAAACUUGAAUGAUCCUAAUACUAAAGCCCUAAACAUCAAGUGUGUGUUUGCUUU